CUAGGGAGCUUUUACAGGGACCACUUGCUUGCUGGCUUGCUGCAUUGUUAGGAUGCCAUUGUCAUUUCCUUUUUAACCUCAGUUAGUCAGUUGCUAGUAGGUAAACACUCCACUCCAUUCAGCUCACUGGGACUGGUGUUUUUGGGAGACGAAUAGUCGAGAUCCGUUUUUGGAGUUUGUUUCGUUUCAGAGGGAAGCGCCUAGUAGCAACCACUUCUCGCUGCCUCUGCUCCUACUCCUAGCUGCUAGCGUAAUCUCUUGCUCUGCCCUACCUCGAGGCAGAGCUAGGUGGGCAGCGGCGCGAGCUGCGUGCGUGCGAGCGCAAUGCCUCAGGUUGAUCUGGAGAGCCUGGUGUGCGGCGUGGCGGGCGCUGGCGCCGGGGACAGGAAGGUGUCGUGCGAGACGGUCAUCGCGGGGAGCAGCGGGGACGCCUCGCCGCCGCGGAUGCCGCCGCCGCCGGACCCGGACUUCCCUCCCGAGUCUAUAGCCAUCCCUAUCAGCGACGAAGUGGCGUUCUCGGAGCUGAACCCGAUAUACGAGCGGGACGACUCCACCAAGGGCAGCACCAACCCCAAGGCGGCCGCCGCCGGCACCUCCAACCCCAUCUCGGCCAAGACGCGGUCCAACUCCACGCGCGUCGCCGGGGCCCCCACCGCGGCUGGCACCACGUUCUUCGGCCUCCCGGCCAAGAUCCGCCCACCGUUCUCCCGGCGCCGGGCGUCGCAGGGCCGGAUCUUGCCCGACAAGCGCGCGAGCGGUGGCGUCGGCGGCGGCAGCAGGGGCGACGGCGAGGCAGAGCCGCGGUCGCCCAAGGUGUCAUGCAUUGGCAAGGUCCUGUCCGACCGGGAGCGUCACGGACGGCGCCGGCUCCGGCUCCGGCGCCGUGGGUGGUGGCACGGGGUGGUGUCCAUGUUCCGGUGCGACGACUGCGGCCGGUUAGGAGGCGGCGCGGCCAAGAAGAUGGCGUUGGAGGACGAGGACGGGGAGGAGCAGCAGCCGGGCAUUGCAGGAAUGCGGAGGUUCAAGUCCGGGAGAAGAGCCGCUUCAUGGGGAGACGAGGCGCUGGCGGCGGCGGCGGCCGACGAGGAUGAGAAGUCCGAAAGCAAAGAGACUGAGCAUUGGGCCCGGGCGGCCGGUAAAUUAGGUUGUGGCGAUGGCGGGAAAAGACUGGACCAGGGAUAUGUCGUUGGUGGGUCCCCCUGUAAGUGACCGUGCCGUGGUUGGCUGGUUGCCGAUAGGGUGAUAGGUGAGCUCAAGCUGUCUCGAGCUGUAUCCAUCAGCGAGGGAUGGGCACGGUCUUGGUUGAUGGUGAUUGGAGACUGGCCUAGAAAUGCGAGUGUCGGAUUUCGAUGGGUUUUGCUGUUUGGAGUUCUGCACUUUGGAAGAGCCUGUUUGUUGGAACCAAUGAUCGGUGCACGGUGUACAUACCUCAGUAAUAACAAGCACACAAUGUGCUCCAUUCGUGUCUCUCUUCUCAUUGCAACUAU